AUGUCUGAAGAUUGGCUAAAAACUCAAAUCCAAGCAAAUCAUAUUAAAUUUUUUAAAUAUGACGAAUUUUCUAAUUUGAAAAUUGUCGGAGAGGGAGGAAGUGGUUCUGUAAGUAAAGCAAAUUGGGAUAGUCGUAGGAUGAUAGUUGCUUUAAAAUCUUUUAAUUCGGAUGCCAAUAGUCAGGAUACCGAUAAAGCACUCUGGAAAGAAUUCUUGAGAGAGCUCUCAAAUCUUCGAAAUGUAUUCUAUCAUCCUCGUAUUAAUCAAUUUAUUGGAAUUACACAAGGUGGAGGAAAGGAUAAAUUUGAUUAUGCGCUGGUAUUACAAUAUGCUGAUGGUGGAAGUCUUCAAGGUUAUUUAGAACGUAAAUCUAAAUCACUUACUUGGUCUGAUAAUUAUCGUAUUGCGCUCGAAAUAUCUGAAGGGUUAUUAUGUUUGCAUGCUGAGGACAUAGUUCAUAGAGAUUUGCAUUCUAAAAAUGUAUUGGUUCAUCAAGGCAAAAUGUUAAUCGCAGAUUUUGGAUUAUCGAAAAAGGAAGGUUCAGUUUCGAAUUCAACUUCUAAAAACAAAGGAAGGCCUGCUUAUACUGAUCCUCGAUGUUUCGAGAUAUCCACUUACAAAAAAAACAAAAAAUCUGAUAUCUUCAGUCUUGGAAUGAUUUUAUGGGAAAUUUCAAGCAGAAGAGUACCAUUCGCUAAACUUGAUGAUUUGAAAGUUAUGUUAAAUACUUUGGAACAUUGUUAUUUGGAGUUUGAAGGUAAUACGCUGAUAAAUAACCCUAGUAUCCCAACGAUUAAUUUACAAUUAGAUACAAUAGAUAAACAACGCUCACAAGAAUCAAAUCCCAUAUCUAAUACAGAUUUGUUCAUUGAUGAUUUAAAAAUCGAAUCUUCUAAACGGAAUAAGCCAAGAUCUUUUAAUUCGUUCCUAUCUAUUGCAAAUCGAUCGUCAAAUGAUGGAAGUUCAAGAAAUUCAUUAAGUUCCAUUACAUCCGCUAUUAGUAAUAUUUUGGGAAUUAAAAGUAGAAGAACGCAGGAACAACAACCUCCUAUAGAAAUCAAUCAAAUCGAAGUUAAUAAAGAAAGAUCCGCUACUCAUGUUGCUAUAAGUCCUGAUGGUCAAUAUAUUUGCACCUUUGAUUAUAAAAAACUUGAAUUCAGUAUUUUCCAAUCGGAUACGAGCAUUAGUUAUUCGGAUAAUAUUAUAGAUCCUACGUGUAAAUUCGUAAAAAUUCCAAAUUUAAACGCAUCAAAAGAGUACUUGGAACCUUAUAGAAUUGGCAUGAGUGAAUUAUAUGAAUAUGCAUCGUUUGGAAGGUUAAGAGAAAAAUACAGAAAAACUUCAAGUUCUGAACAACAAUCAAAUUUAAAUGUUCCAAAUUCAGAAAAUUAUUUAAAUGUUCCAAAUUAUUUAAACGAGAAAUCUAAUGGAAUUGGUUCAGAAAGUAUAAGAAUGAAAAAAAGCCAAGAAAAAUUUGAAGAAGAAUUUUUAUCUAGAAAAUUUCCAUCAUGGUCUUUAUCAAUAUCAAAUAUAAUGGAACAUCAAGGCGAACACGUGAUAUUUGUCGCAAUCUCAGCUAUUGUUGAAACAGACAUGAAGAAGAAAAGGGCGGCCGAUGAAGAUGAAGUAGUUAGAAUACUUCCAAAUCUAAACAGAUACAAUAGUGACGAAUAUGCAAAUUUCAACAACAGAAUUUCGGAAAAUGAUGAUCCUCCCGAUUUUGAAGAAGUUGUGGUUCCCAAAUUUGAAAAGGCUGAAGGUAGAACGGAAAUAUAUCGGAUCGUUUUUGAUAAAGUUAAUCACGAUUUAAUUCAAAAACCUGGUGCUCCUGUUACGGCAUUCACUUGUCAUAAUAUUGCCGGAAUCGUAAUGUUUGUGAAAGAAGAAUCUGACUUUCAAGAUUUUCAAAGUCCUGAAGAUUAUUAUUUGGCUGAAAUGUUGACGACAAGUUGCAUUAUAAUUAAUGCUGAAGGAAUUUAUAAGAUUAAUUAUUUUGAAAAACUCGGAGAUAAGCUUGACAUUAUCACUUUUAAUUAUCAAUUCAGGGAAGAAAAAUUUUCUUUUCCUAAAAGAUUGGAAAAAGAAUUAAAAGCUUGGUAUAAAUCAAAACAUUGUUUGGAUCGUCUGCUGUCAUGCAUUUAUCAUCAUUAUUUCUUUGUGGACCAAUAUAAAGAUGGAAUUCAUACGAUAGAAAUGUACAAUCUUUCAACGAUGGAACAAAUGCAAAUUUUUAUAAAUCGACAUGAAGAGAGUAAACAACAUACCGCAAGUCAUAUAUCAUCCGUUUUCGCGGUGUCGCGUAAUAAUCAAUUGGUCGCUUGUAGUAACGGUGAAAAAUCUGUUACAUUGUUUUGGAUAGAAAAUGGCCUUGAUAUAAGUACAAUGGAAUUUGGGAUAGAGACGCGAAUUCUUUUUUUGGAGUUUAUCGAUAAAGAUGAAAGAUUACUUAUCAUUACCGAAGAAGAAAUAUGUUCGGAUGUCAAAGAAGAAUCCAAAGCCACGAAUGGUGAGUAUCCCAACACGUUAACUAUAAUUCUAGAAGAGGAUUCUAAUGAUUUAGAUAUUAAAAAACAAAUCCCGAUUGAAAAUGAAAAGUUAUUUCCCGAGGAAAAAAAAGUGAAGAAGAUAAAUGAGAAAGAAAAAAUAGAAAAUGACAUUAAUAAUGAAAGACCAAAGAUAACUAGGAAAAAAAGUUCAUAUUUUAAGGAUGUUGAGCCUAAUAGGGUUACAAAAGUACAAAUAUGGGAUUUGUUUAGUUCGUCUGAAAAUGCUGUUCGUACCGGAAUGUUGGAAGGUUUAUUUCCAUCAAAAGAUAAUUACCAUUCUCAUAUGGCACGAAUCCCUAGUAAACUUUAUUGUAUGAAUGAUGAUGGUAGUUUGUUUUCGAUCAUUGAACAUGAUAGAUUUAUAAAUCUUGUACAUGGAGAAGAAAUAGAUGCAACAAUUUCGUUUGGCUGUACUAUAUUUCAAGCAUUCGAAACCACGCCAGAUCAGGAAGAAAAUAUGCCAGAUCUAUAUUCUAAGCGUGAGGAAGAUACAAAGUUACACAGGGUAUUUCAUCGUAAAAUGCCAAGUGGAGUUCAUAAAGCUAUAAUUGACAAUAAAGAACCAUGGGUUGAUAUAAAUAAUUAUCAUCGCAUUUCAGCAUAUCUUGACGAGGAUGAAACAAUACAGCUUAUAAUUGGACAUAGCACAGUGCAAGUUUGGCGAAAGUUACCAAAACAGAAAAAAGAUAAGAAAGGGGGGGCCAAUUUACAAAAGAAAGAACCUGUUCUUGAAUAUAUUUGGGCAAAUAACAUUCCAGUAGAACAUAAUACCGAAGAUUCAAGGCUACAAUUACAAGAAUUAUGGGUUGGCGACCAUGCAUUUUCUCUUACGGUUGUUUGGCAAUAUUGGGAAGGGGGUGUAGUGUUGAGCUAUUUUAAGAGACUUUCGUUUCCUUGCAAGGACGGUCACGUAACUCCUGUUUUACAUGCUUGCGAAACUCUUGAACACUUAAAUAAACGAAAUAACAAAAUAAUAGAUUACAAAAAAAUGGUAGAAUUUGAACAGUUGGUCGAAAGUACAAGUAGAAUUGUAUGGAGAUUCAUAAAGAAAAAGCCAAUGGUCUUUAAGAUGAUGGAUGUUCGAUAUAAUGUAUUUUCCAGUUUAAUUCGAGGAGGUUGUUAUUAUUUAGUCAAGGUUGCUCUUUUUGGCGAAAUGUCGUUAGAAGAGCUUAAAGCCGACAAAAAGAAGAAUUCAAAGAAAUCGAAGAAAGAUGAUGAUUCAAAAAAUCGUACUCAUAAAUAUAAGCAAAUAUUACAUAUUCCAAAAUCCAGGGAAUGGAUUAGCGAUAUUUUGCCACCCCAAUGUAAUAAACCCAUACCUAUUGGUUUAUAUCAUCGGUUUUUUUCAUUUAUAUUUGAAAUAAUUGUUUGGUUAUAUAUGUUUAUAAAACGUAAAAAGAAGAAGAAAGAUAAUAAAAACGUAAAGAAAUCAAAGAAGAAUAUAAUUAUGCCGACCACUGAUUUAGAAUGGGCAAUCGAAUACAGUAAAGGCAGAGAAAGAAAAGAUGCAAUAAUGGUCGGUUAUUUGCUAGAAUAUUAUUCUGAGAACGCAUUACAUCACAUUGGCUGGAUGAUAACGAUUUCGAAAGCAUUACCGUUACUGUAUAGAUAUAAUUUAGAUUAUUAUGUAAAAGCGUUAUUUUAUAAAGAAUGUUUUGCUGACAAAGAGCUUGGAAUAGAGUAUGACGCAUCAGAAAUCAUUCCUGAACAUAGUAAACCAAGAAGAAAUAGAACACAAGAUUUUAAGGCUUUUAAACCGAAUACUAGACUAGCUUCAGAUAAAAAUCAUAAGCCAACGCUUCAGGUUAUAUUCGAAUUUAUUACUAUUAAGUUGCCAAGAUAUUACACAGACUUUGUUGAUAACUUCGAUAAUGAUCUUGCGCCUCCUCCUAUAGCAUUAAGGGUCGUUCCGUUACCGAAUUUUACGGUUCAUAAUGUUCCAAAAACUCGCAUCAGAUAUGAUUGGAAAUCAAAUAUAUUAAGACUUUUUAAAAUAUUAAUUAUUCCUAGAGGUUAUGUAAUAGGCAGAGAGGAUAAAAGAUUAUUAAGUCCAUUUGUACAGGUUGUUAGGUAUGAAAAAGACAAUGAUAUUUUUGAUAAUCCUGCAAUGGAAGCAAUUAUAGAUUUUAGAUGGCGGCCUGCAAGAAAUUACUUUUUACAAAUAUUUCUUGCAUUCAUAGCAUAUGCAGUUUGUUUUGGUAUAAUAAGUUGGGCUUAUAUGUCAAAACUUGAAACUACUGGAUAUUCUAAAGGGUUUCUAAUUGCUGUAAUAGCGUGUUUUUAUUAUUUGGCUUAUUAUUUAAUAGCCGUCGAAGUUUUUCAGGCAUUGCAUCAUGGUUUCAGAGAAUCUUUAAGUGUUAGUAAUAUGUUUGAUAUAAUUUCAAUUAUUGCUCCUUGCAUAGUUAUGUCAAUCUUCGUUGCAAGUUCUUUAAAGCCGAAUGGGUUUGUAGAAGUUGAAACCAGCACUGGGAUUGUCACUGGAAUUUCAUUUACAAUGUUAUUACUUUGGUGUGAAUUGCUUUUAUAUUUAAGAUUGUUGUCAGCCUUUGCCCAUGCCUUUUUUUUAUUAUUAUCAAAUCCAGAUAUUAGUGUAAUAAAACCAAAACUUGAAGAUUAUAGAUUAUUAGAUGAAAACGAUACGGCGACUGGUUAUAAAAUGGAAACAAUAUUUGACCCAACGUCAAGUGAUGAUAAUCCCUUCUCAAGUUUUUUAACAUCAGUUCAGGCAGCUUAUUUUUGGAUUAAUGGUUAUUGGAGUCAGAAGGAUGAUUUCGAUUAUUGGGCCAUUGAAAUAUUGUCAUUAUUUGCAAGUCUUUUAUUAGUUACCGUAUUGCAGAACAUGUUGGUUGCUUUUAUGGGCGGUGUAUAUGAAGAAGCGGCAAAGAAAGGAAAAGAUGCAUUGUUAAGAUACAGAGCAACGCUCAUAUCAGAUUAUGAGGCGUUAGAGGAUAUAAGAUUUUGGGCACCGGAACCAGAUCCAGAAUACAUAUUUUAUGUAGGGCAUUCGAAAAGUUUUGAGGAUUGGUCAGAGGGAAGGAAGGAUUUUAGAGGGUGCAUGUAUCAAAGAUAUGAGAAUCGGGCAUCAUAUAAAAAGUAUAAGUUUCAGGAGGAUCCGGGUGACAAAUUUUCCUUAUUGAAAUAUGAAAUGGAUAAAAAGUGUAAUUCUUCAUCAAUAACUUCUGUUCUUUCGAAUGAGUUAGGUACUCCUUUACCUUUGGAUGAAAGUUUUAAAGAAUUUCAACAGAGUAUAAAUAAUAGAUUGGCUGACACGGAUCAAAAGAUCGAUACCAAAAUAGUUGAAUUACAAAAGAACAUGCAGGAAAUGUUUAUAGAAAUUAUGGAAAAAUUAGAAAAGAUUGAAAAUAAACGAGAAUCAUAG